AUGUCUCUUGCACAUAUAUUAAUUAUCUCGGAAACUUCUACUAUUGUUGGGAUUGCCCUGGUAUCAUGUUUCAUGUAUUGGUUGUUGAAGAAGAAAAGAAAAGUUCCAUCUACAGAAUCAAUGGAGUCGGAACAAUUUUCUCCCAAAAAUUUGAUUGGUGUGGGUAGUUUUGGUUCUGUGUAUAAAGGAAUCCUUGAUGAGGGAGGAUUGACGAUUGCUGUCAAAGUACUUGACGUCAUGCGCCAUGGAGCUUCCAAGAGUUUCAUGGCUGAGUGUGAAGCCUUGAGAAAUAUUCGACAUAGAAAUCUUUUAAAGAUCAUAACAUCUUGUUCAAGUGUUGAUUUUCAAGGUAAUGAUUUCAAAGUUCUGGUGUAUGAGUUCAUGCCUAAUGGUAAUCUAGAAAGGUGGUUGCACUCCAAUAUAGAAAUGAACAAUACAAUGAAUGGGCUUUCAAGCUUAAAUCUUCUUCAGAGAAUAGACAUUUCUAUUGAUAUGGCUUGUGCACUUGAUUGUCUUCAUAACCACUGUGAAAAGCCAAUCAUUCAUUGUGAUCUGAAGCCUAGAAAAGCACUUAUUAACCAUGACAUGGUUGCCCAUAUUGGAGACUUUGGGUUGACAAGGUUUCAUCCAAGAUUCACAAAUACAGUUCAUAGUUCGACUGGAAUAAAAUGA